ACAAAAGAUCCGAUUUUUUUUGUUUUUUUUCCGAUUUCUUCUCCUUCUUCGAGAAUUCUGAUCCUUGGAGCUUCAAGAUUGUGUUGCUUUGUUCAUCCUUUGGGUCCUUACUAUUGUCAGGCCAAUUAAUCGUUUACGACUGCAAUCUUUCAGUCCUGCUUUCACUGAAAGGGAUCCUGCUUGGUUUACGGAUGAACUUUUGCUUGUGGAGUUGAUUAAUAUCUGCAAAUGUCAAGUUUACUUAAUUCCUCAAUUAACGGGUCUACCUCGAACUUGUCGGACGGUUCAGGGAGAACAUUUACUUCUUCUUUCUCUGGUCAGUCUGGGGCUGCGUCUCCAGUCUUCCAUCAUGCUGGAUCGAUUCAAGGCCUUCACAAUAUUCAUGGUAACUUUAAUGUUCCCAAUUUGUCCGGUUCCCUUGGAUCAAGAAAUCCAGGUCUAAAUGGUGUUCCUUCUGCUGGUGUCCAACAACAAAAUGGAAGUAUUUCGAAUGGAAGAUUUGCAUCCAGCAAUAUUCCGGUUGCACUCUCUCAGAUAUCUCAUGGUAGCUCUCAUGGACACUCAGGACUCACUAACAGGGGAGGUAUAAGUUCUGCUGGAAACCCUAAGUCAGUAGUAACACUAAUCGCUUUUAGUAGAUUUUUCCUACGUUUGCCACCAAUUGGUAAAUUUUUUACUAUACCAGGAUUGGGAGUUUCUCCAAUUUUGGGAAAUGCAGGUUCUCGAAUGACAAGUUCCAUGGGGAAUAUGGUCGGUGGAGGCACAAUGGGUAGGAAUUUGAGCUCUGGAGGAGGAUUAUCGAUUCCGAGUCUUGGUUCGCGGAUGAAUAUGGGGGUGAAUAGUGGAUCUGGAAAUAUUGGACAAAAUCGCCUGAUGGGCGGGGUCCUUCCACAAGGAUCACCGCAGGUUCUUUCGAUGCUGGGAAAUUCUUACCCUACUGCUGGGGGACUUUCCCAAAAUCAUGUUCAAGCAAUGAACAGUCUAACCUCCAUGGGAUUGCUGAAUGAAAUGAACUCCAACGACACUUCUCCAUUUGACAUAAACAAUGAUUUUCCUCAGCUCACAAGCCGACCCAGCUCUGCCAGCGGUCAAGGACAAUUGGGGUCUCGAUUGAAACAAGGCCUUGGAAUCAGCCCCAUAGUUCAGCAAAACCAAGAGUUCAGUAUCCAAAAUGAAGAUUUUCCAGCAUUGCCAGGAUAUAAAGGAAAUAAUGCUGAUUAUCCAAUGGAUAUGCAUCAUAAAGAACAACUCCAUGAGAAUUCAAUUUUAAUGAUGCAAUCUCAACAAUUAUCUAUGGGAAGGUCUGGUGGGUUUAACCUAGCUGGAGCUUACGCAUCUCAUCGUCCUCAACAACAACAUGCUCAAGCUGUGGGUAGUAGUGGUGUCUCCUUGCAUGGAUCUGACAUCUUCUCAUCUUCGCAUCCAUCUUACCACUCACAGGCUGGUGGACCACCGGGUAUCGGAUUAAGAUCUAUGAAUUCUUCCAAUUCUGUCACUGGGAUGGGUUAUGACCAGCAGCUUAUCCAGCAGUAUCAGCACCAACAGAACACAUCACAGUAUCGCUUGCAGCAGAUGUCGGCUGCUAGCCAACCUUUCAGAGAAGUGGGAUUAAAAUCAACGCAGGUGACACAGGCAAAUCCUGAUCGGUUUGGCUUGCUUGGUUUGCUCAGUGUGAUAAAGAUGACAGACCCUGACUUGACUUCUUUGGCACUUGGGAUUGAUCUGACAACACUGGGGUUAAAUUUAAACUCGACAGAAAAUCUUCAUAAGACUUUUGGCUCGCCUUGGUCCAAUGAACCCUCUAAAGGUGAUCCAGAAUUCAGUGUACCGCAGUGUUACUACUCAAAAAACCCUCCACCUCUACAUCCUGGGCUUUUUGCAAAAUUAUUGGUGGAAACAUUGUUUUACAUAUUCUAUAGCAUGCCAAAAGAUGAGGCGCAAUUAUAUGCGGCAAAUGAACUGUACAAUAGGGGUUGGUUCUACCACAAAGAACACAGGUUGUGGUUCAUUAGAAUCGGGGAAUCUCUUGUGAAAACAAAUGCGUAUGAAAGAGGAUCAUAUCACUGUUUUGAUCCAAACUCAUUUGACAUCGUUCAAAAGGAAAAUUUUGUUGUCUAUUACGAGAUGCUGGAAAAAAGACCAUCCCUAUCUCAAGAUUCUCAACAUUGAGUGUAAACUAUCCCUUCUUCAGUAAUCAGUAUUUAUAAUGUAAAUUUCCUACCAAAGUAUCCAUUGGUUGGGAAAUCCAUAGAACAGGAACCAGUGUCCAACAUGUAUUUUUUUCUCGGGAUUAGCUUUUUAUUUUAUUUAAGUCCUAGAAACUUUUGUUGUUGAUCAUAUAUAGCUGAAACUCUUCAAGCUAUAGGUUAAAAAUCAAUGCACAUCUCUUCCCCA